GAUACUAGCAGGCAGGUUGCCGAGACGAAACAACAAGUCACCAUCUCCCAAGCCAGCAGACGCAGCUUACCUUGUGUUCCCUGGCCACGGCCCGUUCUUCCCGUCUUGUUAUACGUGAAACCCUGUCUUGGACGGCCCGAAAAGACCAGCCUCAUAUUCUUCCUCAAGCUCCGCAAACGAGAAGCGAGAAGCGAUGGCACCAUUUGCAUCGGUCGGCGCCGCGGCGCUCCUCCUGGUCGCGUCGGCCAGCGCCCACUUCACCCUCCGGACGCCACCGUCCAUCGGAUUCGACGACAGCAAAGAGGGCGAGGGCCCCUGCGGCGGCUUCAAGCCCGACUUCGACAAGGGCAAAGUAACCGACUUCCACGUCGGCGGCGAGCCCAUCGGCACAAGUCAAAGCCACCCAUCGGCCAGGUGGCUAUACCGCGCAACCCUGGACCAGACUGCUACGGGUGGUUGGACACAAUUGUACCCAAUAGUUCUGCAGAACUCGCUGGGUUUCAUGUGCCAGCCCUCGGUGCCAGCCCCCGAGGCCUGGGUGGGCAAGAGGGGAGUCGUCGGCGUUGUCGCCAACGGCGACGACGGGCUACUCUAUCAGUGCGCCGCUGUCAACUUCGUUUCGGGCCAAGGCAAGGCGGAUGGAAGCACGUGCCAGAACUCGUCGAGCCAGAUCGUCUUCACGUCUGACCCUCAGCUCGCGGCACUCGCUAGUGGUUCCAUCUCGUCCCCGGAGGCCCCUCCAAAUAAUACCGCAUCCGGCGGCAGCGGUGGCGCGUCUGGUGGUGGAAGCAAGCCGAACAGCGCUGCGGUCGCGAUGGGCAAUAUCCUGGCAGUGCUCGCUAUAACAGGGCUAAGCGCCACUUACAUUCUGUAAGCUGAAGGGCUGCAGGAUAGGAUGAGGCUGGCAGAAAGAUUGAUCGAUAUGUUUCAUAAUAAGGAUGAGUGCUUCGAAGCUCUUUGUUUUGCCGUAUGUAACAGAAAGCGGUACGCAAAAAUCCAAUGGGAUGUAAUGUUCAACGACAAGGGCGAAAAAGCCGCCGAGACAUGGGCGCCCGGCUGACGAGCGCGCGGCGCAUUAGUUUCACUCCAACUUAUCUAUUACAUACUUAUUAGUAUAUAUCCUGCUUUAAUGUCCGAUAUCAUCCGCCUCUCUCCAUAAAAUAGACAAGAUUUAAACAAUCCAGCCUUGUUAUGAGGUGGUAAAAAACAUCCACGUUGGAUGGACUUUUUCAUGUUAAGGUGUGCGCGUAUGCAAAACACGGGAAUGUGU